AGCAGUUGUUGGGUCCAGGCACUACGCUGCACAGCCUGCAGCUCCGCCACAUCUCUUUUAUUAUWAUAACCUCCUGUUUCAAACACGUUUUACUCCACAGAGACCAGGCUGAUUGUUUGGAAAUGAAGUUGUGUCUUUUCCUCCUGCUGUGUCUCCUCCACCUGGUUGGGACUGAGGAGCUCAGCCCAGCAGCUCCAGAGCUCUCCAGCUCCACGAACGAAGACGAAAAGAAGAAGGUUCACACCUGUGGAGGAGCGUUCAGCCGUGAGGACCACAGGGGGAUAGGGGGCGCUGUAGAGCAGCUGGGUUUAAAGCUGCUUGAGAAGCUUCCUGUCAGCCCACAGCAGCCCAACGUCAUCCUCUCACCCCUCAGCUUGGCUUUUGCUCUCGCUCAUCUCACCUUAGGUGCUCAKAAUGAGACAAAGAAACUUCUUCUACAGAGUCUUCAUGCCCAAAACCUGCCGUGUUACCAUCAGGUCCUGGGCAGCCUCGUGCCUCAUUUAAACCACACAUCAUUGGCUGUAGCAGCACGAAUAUACCUGAGACCAGGAUUUGAAGUGAAGAGGUCUUUUGUUGAGGAUUCUUUAGCCAGGUACCAAUCGCAGCCUUUCCCCCUGCUCUCUGUGGACGAGGUCAACCAAUGGGUGGAGAACGUUACCAAUGGCCACAUCCCAAACUUCCUGGAAAGUCUUCCACAUGAUGUAGUGCUCAUGCUCAUGAACGCUGUUUACUUCAAAGARGCUUGGAAGACCCAGUUUGACCCCCUGGUGACCUCGAAGGGAGUGUUUUAUCUGGACAACCAGAACUCUGUCUCAGUGGACAUGAUGAAAUCUGCACAGUACCCUCUACGGAUGAUGGGUGAUCCAGACCUGCAGGCACAGGUUGCCAGUUUCCCCUUCAAGGGAAACACCAGCUUUUUAGUGGUCCUGCCCAGAGGAAACGUGUCCUCGGUGCUUCACAAACUGAACAUUUCGGACCUCUACAGACGUCUACCUCAGGAACAAACCAUGAUGGUUAAUUUACCCAAAGUGAAGCUUGAAUUCCGCCAGGAGCUGGAGGAGGCACUGACCAAGCUGGGACUGGGUUCUCUGUUUUCUGGUCCUGAUCUCUCUGGGAUCUCAGUCGAGCCCCUCCGGGUGUCGAGUGUCCGUCACGCCACAACCGUGGAACUCAGCGAAGAAGGAGUUGAAGCGUCCGCCACCACGGUUGUAACCACCACGCGCUCCAUGAACCACUUCUCUGUAAACUCUCCGUUCCUCUUCGCCCUCAUUGACGAUGAGUCUCUGGUCCCCCUCUUCAUGGGCGUGGUCACAAACCCRGCCCCCAACAAUGACCCUAUGCUCAACGAUGAUCCCCAUGGCAACAGUACGAUGAACGACCAGCCUGUGACCGAGAAAAGCAGCGUAAGUGUGGAACACAUAAACAAACUMCCAGCAGAGGGCAGCAGCGUGACAUCCUGCAGCGCCCCCAGUGGAGAAGAGAUGCCACCGCAGGUGGACCAGGAGAAACAGCAGACUCAAGGAGACGAAGCCUGCUCCGUACGGGACAAUGCUGUCCCAGUCUGAGACCUUCGUCUCAAAGAAACAGGAAGUGUUAGAAGAAUCAAAUUUCAUGUCUUUCAGGUAAAAACAACCCGUUAGCUUAAAUGCUAAAUUAAAGACUGGACUUCAAGUUUUGCUGUUUAACGUCACUUGUUUCGUCUCUUUUGACUCCAUAAGAAAGAAACAAACAUGGACAAAAACAAUUUACCUUUCCAUUGAUCAGCAAAGUUUUAUUUUUUUAUUUGUUACACUUUUUGUUUUUUAGGCAUGAGGUUUGGACUUGAUUGAAUGUAAAA